CUUUUGGCCACCAUCAUGGAUCAGCGCGUUCCUCUCAGUGCCAGGCCGCUUGACCUUGUCUACUUUACCUUCUUUCUGUGUCACAUCCCAGCGUCAGUCUUGAUGGACUUCCAAGGCUUGCUAUAUCCCAACACGUAUCUUCCUUGGAUACCAGAAUGGUACAUUAAAUUUUCGGGGGAUCCCUUGAUAGGUGGUCUGAUUCGAGGCGAGGAGGGGCUGGUCUGGUUUAAAUGUUUCUUGGUGCUCGAACUAGUGUUCCAAUUACCGGUAUUCCUGCUGGGCAUGAGGGGACUGUGGAAAGGAUCCCGUUCGAUAUACGUUCUUAUCUUGUUUUACGGCGCUUCGACAGCAACGACGACUCUUCCUUGUGUUCUCCAAAUUUUUAUCUCUGAUGAGCUUGCUGCGGGUCAAAUGUGGAUGCUGCUGUCUAGUUAUAUCCCUUUUUUCUUGCUGCCGUUGGGGAUGGCUGUGGAUAUGGCGUUCCGGAUAUACGGCAUGAUAGAGAAAGGGUCGACGGAUGACGCGUCGAAGAAGAGGGAAUAGGAUUUUACAUAAUUGGUGUCUGUAUUUCUGCUUGAUCUUCAGGAACGUUAAUCUCAUUACCGUCGUGUCUGAUGUGGGCCCCGUAUCGCUGAGAAGUAUCUGGCGCGUCAAUUAUAAUUGACCAACAUA